CGGCGUCUAUAACUGCGCACGAAGCAGCCCUUGAAUCGCAAACUGAAGCAUAAAGAAACGCCUCCUCAACUGCAACCUGGGGUUGUGACUGAUUUUAACUUGGCUCCGAUAUGGUUUAACGAAAAACACAAUCCAGCUGGAAGGCGCGUAUCCUUGACACCGCGCUCGACAGCGCCACCAGCAGCAUGGCGCGGGCGAGACAGCUCCCGGUGUGCCUCAACUCAUUUUCAAAUCGAACGUCUUGCGACAACCUCUGCGAACGACCCAACCACCAUGGCCAUGACCCUGCUGCCCAGCUUUAAAACGUUCCUACAGAACUCGGCCACGCCACAACCGCCGUCGCCGCUUUUGAGUAGCGAGUCACGCCCGCAAAGUCCCUGCAACUCGCCCUACGAUUGGCAUCAAGCCACUCUCAUCAACAGCGGCAUUCAGCUGCCCUACUACAGCAACUAUAACUACCGGCACAGCCUGUCGCCCGCGUCCAGUUCGUGCCCCGAGCUCGAGGAAAAGACUAUGUCGCCCAGUCGCCGCACGGGCUUGAAACGCCCGCUACGUAGCGUAGGUCUUAGCACUUCCCCGCUGUCACCCUCCACCCCUUGUGGCAAGGUAAGCAAGCGCGUCAAGAAGAAAUACCUCAAGGAGCGCGAGCGGUGUGAGAUUGUGCGCCGUGUUCGUGCUGGAGAGAAACAGGCUCACCUUGCCAAGGAAUUCGGCGUCUCGCGUGCCGCCGUGUGCUACCUGCUCAAGCAUCAGAUAGAGAUCAUGCGCCGCUCGUCGCAGCACCUCUGAAUAUUAACAUCAACCACAAACGGCAGCUCGAUAGCAGAAUGGAUUAUUAUUAUUUUAAUGAUAGCAAGGAUCAUCAAUACUAAGUACUAUUAAUACGUACAUGUACUGUAGUACUA